UUUGAUAAAUUAGUUUGGAGAAAAAAAUAUAAAAUUUAAAUCAAUACAUAAGAAGACAACACUACUAUUCAAUAAUCAAAUAAUUAAAUAAAUUUUCCUCUUGCGGUAUAGGAUUACAACGGAAGUCUUGGUCCAACCAAAACGUUUCAUCAUUAAAAAAAAAAAAAGAAAUUACCGGAGGGAUUUAUUCCUUAAAGUUUUUUAUCAACAUAAAUGGCAUACAAUAAUAAUAUCAGGUUAUCGUGUUAGAUCGUUAAUUAUCUUUCAAUAAAUUGUUUCAGACAACAAUAUUCACGACAUAUUCAACCAAAGGAGAUAUGAUGGGCUUUACAGUUCUGCUAUUAGCGAUAUUGAUGCUAACUUCAACGUGUGUGGAAACGUCACAGCUAGUCUACGAACCGACGACGCUGGUACGUUCUCUCUGCCCCGACGUUAGCAACACCAUGCUUCAAAAGGGAUUGGACUACGGUACUGCAGCUUAUCAAUACGAUUUGACCACACCAGCUGUAACAGAGUUCACCAGUUUGCAAGCUCUUCUUCUAUCUCUCCUCAACAGUUUAGUAACUCGAGACAUGGAAUCCACCACUGUCCUGGCCGAUUGCGCUAAUGACAUCCAGCAAUUGCGAUCCAGGCACGUCUCACUCUGGCUGAGGGAAGACUUCUGGUUUCCAGAAGAUGACAUUAAAAUGGCCAUGAAUCAGCUCGAUUCAAUGAUAGCAGCCGUAGAACUGGUCUUGGACAAGAAAGUCUUAACGAUUUUCUCUUCCCUCGCUGGUAACUACGGGAUUGGUCUGCAAUCUAAUGAAAAAAAUGGCGAUUUGGCGCUCGAACUAGAAGACGCUGUGGCUAACAAUAUCCCUUGUGAUAUUAUUGAACUGGCCAAUGAAGGAGGCAAUAUCAAUGGGUUGACUCAGUCCGGGGAGAGCCUUGUUCAUGUUGCCGUAAGAACUGGAAGUACGUCUUCAAUUGCUGCAUUGGGGUUUCUGAAGGCAGAUCUUGACGUUCUCAACGCUGCUGGUGCAACUCCUAUGGAAGAAGCUGUUAAAAUUGACAAUGUUCCAUCUAUCAAGGAACUGAUACAGGCUGGAGCUGAAAUUGAGAAGCAGUUGCUCGGGGGUGACUCUUACCUCCAUAUUGCGGCUAGUUCAGGCAAGAAUGAAGCAUUACGAACAUUACUUGAAGCAGGACUUGAACCCGACUUAAGGAACCACCUGGGCAAUACUUCAUUGCAGCUAGCUCUCGAGGUAGGAAAUGUCAAGGGGGUGGAGAUCCUAUUGGAAAGAUGCGCUAAUAGUUCUUUGUUGCCAGAAGAAGGAAACAGUCUUCUACAUAUGGCCGUUGUGUCAUCUAAUGUUGAUUUACUUAAAGCAUUUAUAAAGUGUAGGACUUUACCAAAUCUCAGAUUCGGAAGUAAUAACACGUUAGUUCACUUAAUAGUUCGUUCAAAUAAUGCAACUGAAAUGCUCAAAAUACUGAAAGGUCAAGAACUGCCAUUAAACAUAAAGAACGCGGAUGGUGUUGCGCCUUUACAUAUAGCUACCGACCCAGCAGUUGUCGAGGCGCUGCUGGAGAUGGGUGCGGAUGUCAAUAUAACUACAGAGAAAGGAGAAACAGCACUCCAUAUAGCUUCGGCUAAAGGACACCUGGCUGUCACAAAAGUUCUAGUUAAACAUGGUGGAGGAAUUGAUAUACAGGAUUACCAGGGCGAAACUGCUCUGAUGGUUGCUACGAAAUCAAAAAGGAAUGUACCAGUUGUGUUUUUAUUGAACAGCGGUGCAGAUCCAACACUCAAGAAUAAAGAAGGUCGGACGGCACUACACUUUGCCUCUGAAGCAGGGUGCAUUGACUGCGCAUUGUUGUUGUUGGACAAUGGAGCAAAUGUGGAUGAUACGGACAGUAAUAAAUCCACAUCUCUUCAUUAUGCGGCACGAAAAGGGCAAGUUGGCGUGGUCACUUUACUGUUGGAACGAAGAGGAAAUCUAAGAGCCAGGUCAGAUUCUGGCAGGACACCACUAAUGGAAGCAUCUGAAAAUGGUCAUUUUGAUGUGGUGAAGCUUCUCAUUGACCGAGGAGCUUCUAUCAACGAUAAUGAUAAAGACGGUUUAACUGCAUUACAUUAUGCAGCACAAAAAGGACAAGUUAGCACGGUGACUUUACUUUUGGAAAAUGGAGGAAAUCUAAGAGCUAAGACAAGUAGAGGAAAGACACCACUAAUUGAAGCAUCCUAUUAUGGCCAUUUAGAUGUCGUGAAGCUUCUCAUUGACCGGGGAGCGUCUGUCAACGAUAAGGAAGAGGACGGAUGGACUGCAUUACAUUAUGCAGCACAAAAAGGACAAGUUGGCGUGGUGAGUUUACUGCUGGAACGUGGAGCAGAUUCAACAGCUAAGUCAACUAGGGGCAAGACGCCACUGAUUGAAGCAUCCUAUUAUGGCCAUUCGGAUGUGGUCAAGCUUUUAAUUGACCGAGGAGCUCCCAUCAACGAUAAGGAUGAGGACGAAUGGACUGCAUUGCAUUUUGCAGCACGAAAAGGGCAUGUUGCUGUGGUGAUUUUACUGCUGGAUCGUGGAGCAGAUCUAACAGUUAAAUCCAGUAGGGGCAAGACGCCACUGAUUAAAGCCUCUUAUUACGGCCAUUUGGAUGUGGCGAAGCUCCUAAUUGACCGAGGAGUGCCCAUCAACGACAAGGAUGAGGACGAAUGGAGUGCAUUGCAUUAUGCAGCACGAAAUGGGCAAGUUGCUGUGGUGACUUUACUGUUAGAAAGUGGAGCAGAUCUAACAGCUAAGUCAAGUUUGGGCAGGACACCACUGAUGGAAGCAUCUAAUAAUGGCCAUUUAGAUGUGGUGAAACUUCUAAUUGAUGGAGGAGCACCCAUCAACGAUAAGGAUAAGGACGGAUUUACUGCCUUAUAUUUUUCAAAUAAUUCUGGAAAUAAGGAGUUAAUAGAUUACCUUAAAUCGAAAGGGGGGGUUUAGUAACUUCUGAAUACCCUGUGUACAGCUGAAAUACUAAGUUCUGUAGCAUUUAUUAAUUGUUUAACAAAAGAGUGUUAUAAAAUUAAUGGUGUUUUUUCAUUGAAAUGAAAUAUCUUAUAAUAUUAUACUGUAAUAUGUAAAGAAAUAAAACAAAAUUUUGUGAAUGUGCAAAUGAUAAAAAUAAUAUGUGUUUAUAUUUUCUAAUGUAUAUAUAUAAAUAUUAUGAGGAACAGAGGAAGGGUCAGCCUACUCACAAAGAAAAAGAAGGCUCCUCAAAAUUCGUCCAGAAUUCAGCAGAUAAUAUUGAGCCACCGUUACAGCCACUACCCGACUAUGUACUGACAAAGAACAUUGCUACAGAACCACGUUACUCAUCUAAAUUGACGAAAAUUGACGACACACUGAUACUUAACCUUCAACCAAAUAAGAUCUCAAACGUCCCAGACAUUACAACACAUUGACAAGUUUAACGAAUUAAAAAACCAUGUUUUGCCUCUGAUAUCAUUGAUUACAUCGCUGGUAUAGCAUUUUCUACUAAAGCUUACUAAAUGAAAGGACUAACAGUAAUUCUUUGGAAAGCCUGAAGACUUACACAACGCAGUUCAUCACCUCACACAAACAAUACAAUAUUCAGCAUGGACUUCUAACAUAACUAACAAAAAGACAGACAAACAUGACUAUAAUUUCUUUUCACCGGAGAUAAGAUAGCUCAUCGUACAAAAACUAAAGGCUCGUAAAAUGUGGCUCGUAUGAGACGAACAAAUACGGAAGUUGACAACUUCUUGAAUGGUUUAGCAACUUGUGAGAGGAUGGCCAGAGAGCAUAACCAAUCGGAUUCUACAGCAUCAUGAUGUCUCACAUCCUCUCAGACAUCCUGAUGGUUAUUGGACAAAAUCAGAUGCUCUAAAAGCGCAAUUGUUUGCUCGCCACCUCGAGGAAACAUUUAAACCUCACGAUAACAUACAUGACAAACUCUCUACCACAAUUGUUCAAAGUCAACUUAACGUCCCCUUACCUAUGACAUUACCACCAAAUUCAAUUCAUCCUUACGAAGUUCAAAAAUUUAAUUCAGAGCUUGCCAAUGAACAAAGCUCCGGAAUUUGACUUAAUAACGAAUUUCAUCAUAAAAAAUUUACUUUGGAAAGCAAUCCUUUUUCUAACAAAUAUAUACAAUUCUAUUCUGGGAAUCACCCAUUUCCCAACCCUCUGCGAAUAUUCUGAAGAUGUCAUGGUAUUAAAACCUAUGAAAAUUCUUAUCGUCCAAUCAGCUUUCUUCUACCUUUUCAAAAUUAAUCUUCGUCAUCUCAAUUCUCUUGAUAUAUUUAGAUUUAUUCGAAAUCAUCAAUUCGGUUCAGAAAGCAUCAUUCAACUGUUCAACACUGGCAUGAUUCCUUCGACAUACUAUCUAAUACUACUCUCAUAUCCAACGGAUAGAAAUUUUGUAGUAAAAGUGGAGACAGAACGUUCUGACAUUAAACCAUUAUCAUCUAAAUCAUUAAAUCUAAAUUUAAGCAGGAGUACCUCAAGGUAAUUUCCUUGGACCAAUAUUGUUUAAUAUAUGUCUGACCUACCGGAACACAAUGGCACUCUACUGGCUAAUUUUGCUGACUAUACCGCAAUCCUCAGCUCAGAUGAAUACCCUGUUCGAGCAUCUACCACUCUUCAAAACCACCUGAGCGAUAUUGCUGAUUGGGCCACAAGAUGGAAAAUUAAAAUGAAUGAAAAAAAAGUAUGCAUGUAGUAUUCACAUUUAACCAUACACCUUCCCUCGAAAUAUAUUUUAACAACGUUGAAAUUCCACCAUCCGAUGUAAUUAGUUAUUUAGGUUUUUACCCGGACAAAGGCUUACCUUAAGAACUCGCAUUAGACAAUAACUAAUAGAAUUAAACAGAUGAUACGGUCUUUUAUCGAGGUUACUUGACAGACGUUCAAAAUUAUCUUAAACUAAAAAACUAACCCUAAACCUAAACUAAAGUUUUACUUAAACCAAUUUGGACCUACGGCAUAAUACUGUGGGAUUCUGCUAAAACUUCCAAGAUUAAAAAAAUUUAGUCCUUUCAGUCAAAAGUGUUGGGAAGGAUAGUUGACGCACCGUUUUUUUGUGGCAAAUGAUAUACUACAUAAAGAUUUAAACUUACCAACAAUUUUAGACACUGCAAAAGAAAACUACAAUUUCUUUUACUUUCACCAAAGACUGACGUAUAACAUGAAUCCUCUGACAAAAAUCCUUCAACGUACAAGAAACCCGUACAGCCCAUUACGACGGUUACUUAGGCGUUGGCCAAGAGAGCUGCUGAUCUGAUUUAUAUCCCAGAAAUUCAGCAAAUUCAAGCAAAAGCAUAGAAAAAUACUUUAUAUAACUUUUUUUAAAUCAUCAAUGAAAAUCUAAAUGUAUUUAAUUAUUUCCUUGGAAUGAUUGCGGCGAAUACUAAAUGAACCUGAAAGCAGAGAUAAUAAAUUUUUAGUAGAGACAAUUAGAUGUAAAGGCUUUAAAGUCAAUUCUUUCAGUUUAUUUUAUUAUCUAUGCUUUAAAUUUCUUGACAAUGAGUUAAAGAUUUUACAGUUAUCAAAUUGAACCUCAGUGAUUGGUAUCUUUUAGUCCGGUAUUUAUGAGAACAUUUAUAGCUAUAUAUUAAGCUAAGGAAGUUUUAACAAUUUCCGCGCUAUAAAGCAUCAAAAUUCAUUAUGUGAUUCGUGGCAUGCGAAAAACAUGGUGGAGGCAUCUCAAAUCAUUUAAAACUUGAAAAAUUACGGAAAUAAGUUAAUGAUUGCAAAACAACAUUGACGAAUUGGAAAACGAGCCAAAAAAUCCUUAAUGGACAAUAUUGGAAAACUUAGUAAGGUACCAUUUCUUUAAUGAAUAAUCAAUCAGAUACGUUGUUUCUGAAAAAUUGUUGUCAAUCAGUGAUAGUGAUACAAAUCUCCAAAAUAAUCUCAGUCAUGAUUUACUUCGUUAACAAAUUAUUUAGUAAAAUAUUUCAGUAUAUCGCAACUUGACCUUAAAUCUUACAUCAUAAAAUAGCGUAAAAAAAUAAAAUGUCAUAAGCGAUUUAAAUAAAAACUAAUGUGAGAACAUUUAAUAAAAUAAUUUAUUUAAUUAAAACAGCAUCCAAAAAACUAGGUUUGAAAUCUUGUACUUAUAUCUAUAACCUAUUAUACUGGAACUGAAGCCGAAAAAAAGUCUGAUUUAAAGUUUAAAAUUUUUGACCGAAGAUACUGGAAGUAUUCUCGCCAUAGAGUGCAAACAUGGACGUCUGCCAGCACUAAUAUUUACAUUUUCCUGAAAAUAAUUGAAGCAAUAGCUAGGUUUUUUUAUUUUAAACAUAAAUAUUAGUGCUAGAAUAAUUAACUUUACGCAUACGCAUUCAUUCCUAAGAUCGAAAAAAAGGCUAUUUCAUAACUGCCUUACAUAAUAAAUAUUUGAACAAUUAUUAGUUUUAAAUUUUUUAUAUUUAUAAAUAAAAUAUGUUUUCUAAAAAUUAUGUUUAUUACGAUACAUCCCAUAUCACGGAAAAACAAGAAAUAAAAGCUCCGCAACAGUUAAUUUUAGUCAUUUGCAGAAAACACAUGUACUUUAAAGUGACUGGAUAAGAAAUUACAUAAUUUCUUUAUACAACUUAAGUUGAAUCUCAUUUUCUUUCCAAAUAAGCCUCAACUUAAUUAAUGUGGACUUAAAGCUUUUUAAAAGAGGACGUUUUUCUAAAAGUGGGGUAAAUGUAGUACAGUUAAAGGGUAAUAACAAAAAAAAUCACAAAUAAUUUAUGACUUUUUUUUAAACAGAAUUUAGCGGUGUUUGUACACCUAAUAGUCUAGUUAUUGAAAAUUGAUUAAUUGCGACGUAAGACUUUAUUAUGACUAUUAUUCUGCAUCAAUAUUGAAUAUUUCUAUUUAUAAGGUGCCUAUUUAUCUGUGGGUUAUCUGCCGGAUGGGGUUACCAGUAAGAAUAAAUAAUGCUAGAGGCCAGACAGGAGUAUCAUUCGUGGAGCUGCAGAGCUAGUGUUCAGUUGACAACAAUAUUCACGACAUAUUCAACCAAAGGAGACAUGAUGGGCUUUACAGUUCUGCUAUUAGCGAUAUUGAUGCUAACUUCAACACGUGUGGAAACGUCGCAUGUCGUUUUCGAACCUAAAACACUGGUGAGCUCUAUCUGCCCCGACGUUAGCAACAUCAUGCUAGAAAAGGGACUGGACUACGGUACUGCAGCGUAUCGCUACGAUCUGAUCACCCCAGCUGUAACAGAGUUCACCAGUCUGCAGGCUCUGUUGUUAUCUCUCCUCAGCUGUUUAGUGAAUCAAGACAUGGAAACUUGCGCCAUCCUUGCCGAUUGCGCUAAUCACAUCGAGCAAGUGCGGUCCAGGCAUCUCGGACUCUGGCUCAAGGAGGACUUCAGGUUCCCAGAAGACGACAUGAAACUGGCAAUGGCUCGUCUCGAUUCAAAGGUAGCUGGUGGAGCACUGGUCCUCAACUCUAAUGUCUUAACGGUUUUCUCUUCUCUUGCUGACAGCUAUGGGGUUCGUCUGCAAUCGAAAAAAAAAAGUGGUGAUUUGGCGCUCGAACUAGAAAAUGCUGUGGCUAACAACAUCCCUUGUGAAAUCAUCGCACUAGCCAAUGAAGGAGGAAAUAUCAAUGGGUUGACUGAAUCCGGGGAAAGCUUCGUUCAUGUUGCCGUAAGGACUGGAAGUAUGUCUUCAAUUGCUGCAUUGGGGUUUCUGAAGGCAGAUCUUGACGUUCUCAACGCUGCUGGUGCAACACCUAUGGAAGAAGCUGUUAAAAUUGACAAUGUUCCAUCUAUCAAGGAACUGAUACAGGCUGGAGCUGAAAUUGAGAAGCAGUUGCUCGGGGGUGACUCUUACCUCCAUAUUGCGGCUAGUUCAGGCAAGAAUGAAGCAUUACGAACAUUACUUGAAGCAGGACUUGAACCCGACUUAAGGAACCACCUGGGCAAUACUUCAUUGCAGCUAGCUCUCGAGGUAGGAAAUGUCAAGGGGGUGGAGAUCCUACUGGAAAGAUGUACUAAUAGCUCUUUGAUACCAGAAGAAGGAAACAGUCUUAUACAUAUGGCCGUUGUGUCAUCUAAUGUUGAUUUGUUUAAAGCAUAUAUAAAAUGUAGGACAUUACCAGAUCUCAGAUUUGGAAGUAAUAACACGUUAGUUCACUUGAUAGUUCGUUCAAAUAAUGCAACUGAAAUGCUCAAAGUACUGAAAGGUCAAGAACUGCCAUUAAACAUAAAGAACGCAGAUGGUGUAGCGCCUUUACAUAUAGCCAGCGACCCAGCAGUUGUUGAGGCGCUGCUGGAGAUGGGUGCGGAUGUCAAUAUAACUACAGAGAAAGGAGAAACAGCUCUCCUUAUAGCUUCGGCCAAAGGAUAUUUGAGUGUUAUUAAAGUUCUAGUUAAACAUGAUGCAGGAAUUGAUAUACAGGAUUACCUAGGUGAAACUGCUCUGAUGGUUGCUACGAAAUCAAAAAGAAAUAAACCAGUUGUGUUUUUAUUGAACAGCGGUGCAGAUCCAACACUCAAGAAUAAAGAAGGUCGGACGGCGCUACACUUCGCCUCUGAAGCAGGAUGCAUUGAUUGCGCUUUGUUGUUGUUGGACAACGGAGCAAAGGUGGAUGAAACGGACACUAAUGAAUUCACUUCUCUUCAUUAUGCGGCACGAAAAGGACAAGUUGGGGUGGUCACUUUAUUGUUAGAACGAAGAGGAAAUCUAAGAGCAAAGUCAGAUUUGGGCAGGACACCACUAAUGGAAGCAUCUGAGAACGGUCAUUUGGAUGUGGUGAAGCUUCUCAUCGACCGAGGAGCGUCUAUCAACGAUAAGGAUAAGGAUGGAUGGACUGCAGUACAUUAUGCAGCACAAAAAGGACAAGUUGGUGUGGUGACUUUACUUUUUGAAAAUGGAGGGAAUCUAAGAGCUAAGACAGGAUUGGGCAGGACGCCACUAAUGGAAGCAUCUAUUCAGGGCCGUUCGGAUGUGGUGAAGCUUCUAAUUGACGGAGGAGCGCCUAUUCACGAUAAGGAUAAGGAUGGAUGGUCUGCACUACAUCAUGCAGUAGUAAAAGGAGAAGUAGGUGUGGUGAAUUUACUGUUAAAAGGUGGGGCAGAUUUAACAGCUAGGACACGUGAAGGCAAAACGCCACUAAUACAAGCAUCUAUUCAGGGCCAUUCAGAUGUGGUGAAGCUCCUAAUUGACCGAGGAGCUCCUAUCCACGAUAAGGAUAAGGAUGGAUGGUCUGCACUACAUUAUGCAGUAGUAAAAGGAGAAGUAGGCGUGGUGAAUUUACUGUUAAAAGGUGGAGCAGAUUUAACAGCUAAGACACGUGAGGACAAAACGCUAUUAAUAGAAGCAUCUAUUCAGGGCCAUUCGGAUGUGGUGAAGCUUCUGAUUGAUGGAGGAGCGACUAUCAACGAUAAGGAUAAGGACGGAUGGUCUGCACUACAUCAUGCGGUAGUAAAAGGAGAAGUAGGUGUGGUGGAUUUACUAUUAAAAGGUGGAGCAGAUCUAACAGCUAAGACACGUGGAGGAAAAACACCACUAAUAGAAGCAUCUAUUCAUGGUCAUUCGGAUGUGGUGAAGCUUCUAAUUGACCGAGGAGCGCCUGUAAACGGUACGGAUAACACCAGAGGUACUGCACUAAAUUAUGCAGCGAAUCAUGGUAAAAUUGGCGUGGUGACUUUACUAUUGGACCAUGGAGCAUAUAUAACGGUUCAGUCUGACAACGGCAGGACACCACUAAUAGAAGCAUCUAUGAAUUGUCGUUUGGAUGUGGUGAAGCUUCUAAUUGAUCGAGGAACGUUUAUCAACGUUAAAGAUAAAACGGGAGCGACUGCCUUAUAUUAUUCAAGGAAGUAUAAUUGUAAGACGACAAGUGAUUACCUUAAAUCAAAAGGUGGGAUAGCAUAACUUCUCAAUAGUCUGUGAACACCACAAAUACUAAGUUUUGCAGUAUUCAUUUUUUUUAUUCAUUAAGUUUUUAUGUUUUUCAUUACAAUGAGAUUUUUUUAUUAUAAUAUUGCACCAUAUUCCUGGUUAUGUAAAUAAAUUAAACAAGGUUAUCUAAAUGUACUAAUUUUAAAAAUAAAAUGUUUUCAUAUUUCGUAAUAUAUUUAGUUUUCUCUA